AUGUAUGCCGUAUUGGGCAGGCACGGCAUGUUAAACCGAGAAAUCAACUGUCUGUAUCACAUCUGUAAACGCUUCACUGGGCAAAAUUCCAUAAAAAAUAAUGUAAAUGGUAAAUCGCUGCCAAAAGUGGUGAUUGCAGGUUCUGGUUGGGCAGCUAUACACUUCGCCAAGCAACUAAAUCGUAUCAAAUUUGACACCUAUAUUGUAUCACCCAAAAACUUCUUCACUUUCACUCCACUACUCCCAUUUGUCUCCUCGGGGAAAAUUUUGCCCGAAGCUUGCACAGAAUCCCUUCAUUAUUUGUUCAAUGGCACCCAGCCUAAAUUAAUAUUCAGCGAGGGGUUUGACGUAGAUUUUGAUGGUAAAUCUUUAAUAUGUCACAACAUUAGUGCAAACAAUGAUAGCGUCGAGGUCACUAAAAUUCCCUAUGAUUAUUUGGUGAUCGCGGUUGGCGCGGUGACCAAUACUUUUAACAUUCCAAAUGUGGAUAAAUACGCCUAUUUUCUGAAGGAUAUAUCCGAUGCCAAGGCAAUUUACAACCGUAUAUGUUCCAACUGCGAAUAUGCAUCUUACCCCAACCUUCCAGUGCAAAAAGUGGAAGAUCUAUGCAGAAUUAUGAUAGUAGGUGGAGGGCCAACAGGAGUUGAAACGGCGGCAUGCAUUAAUGAAACAAUUGUCAAAAGUUUAUCAAUACAAUUUCCCCACCUUAAACAAUAUCUGAAAAUUUAUUUGGUGGAGUCUGGUAGUGCAUUGCUUGUAACAUUUUCUCCAAAGAUUUCCAAGUAUACGCUGAAAACGUUUGAAAAUAACGACAUAAUGGUCAAGCUUAACACGAGGAUGGAACGUGUCGAGCAGGACUAUUGCGAAUUCGUUGAUAAUGUAACUGGCACAAAAACAAGGAUUGGCCAUGGAAUUGUUAUCUGGGUAAGCGGGUUGACUGGACGCCCUUUCACCAAGAAACUGAUUGAAAAACUUUCUAAAAGUGGAAUGCAAAAUCAGCGAAACUCUUUGAGUGUAGAUCAGUAUUUUAGGGUCAGAGGAGCGGAUGAUGUAUUUGCCCUGGGCGAUUGUGCCCAGAUGAUACCAGAUAAAAUGUCGGAUCAAGCAGAAGCUAUUGCAAAUUUGUUAGGCAAUAAACUUACAGCUAAAAAAUUGAACAGCUUCAGGAAUGUACUACUUAAUAAGUAUCCACAGAUGUCAAAACUUAAGUGGAAAGGCCCGUACAAUAACGACAAUUUGUCUCUCGAUGAGUUUAAGAAAUUGCUGAUUGGAAUUGAUAGUGGAUUUAGAGGCCCUUUCCCAACAGCACAAAAUGCGAAACAGGAGGGGAUAUACUUGGCAAACGUAUUUAACCAAUUUCUUACCCAUAAUAGUUGUGGCUUGAACACAUAUGAAUUGCUUGGGCAGAAUAGUCUAUAUGUCAAGCCCUUUUGCGAGGUGUGGAAGGGCUCGAUAGCAUAUGUGGGAAUGAAUCGAACGGUAUUUAAGUUGCCAUUUAUUGAAUUGACUGGUAAAUUACUGUUGCAGACUUUGUGGAAAUUCAUCACCAUUGAUAUGCUCUUUACAUAUCGCUCCAAAACUGCAUUGUUACUGAGUUGGAUGCUAGAUAGGAUGUUUGGCAAGGCUAGGGCCAAUCUGCAACAUAGCAAACCCCAUUACAAAUAA